AGUUCCUGUUUCAAAAAGAUACCAAACAACAUAUCAAAGUAAAACAACAUCUGUGCCUCUUUAUUUUACUGUGCGCUCCUGUGGAUGAAUGUGUGAGCCCCUUAGAUCCUGUCCUUGUGUGAGAGACUUUGGAUAAUUCCUUACCUGGUGGGGCAAUUCGAGCGCUCCUUCGCUCCUACUUGCUGCCAAUUAAUAUUCUGGUUUGUACCACCAGUUUGUGAAGGAGUCACACAGAAGGGACUAGCGGCUUCUUUUGGGAUAUGCGAAUGUUUUGUUCCCGUUCAGCAAUAGUUUUCCAAAACCUAUUCUCGGGCGCCUCUUCCUGCGACAGAACACUUCACUCAUCCCACUCGCGCAAAUCGUACGGAAAACUCGAAUUGGGCAGAGCACCGUCGCCCCUAAGCUGUGCCCUCUUCGAACUCACCUUUAUAGCAAUCCAUGGGGGCGUGAUCAGGUUACACGGCGUGCUGACGUCACGCGCGACGGAGGGCGGGCCGGCGCCGGCGCCGGCGUCCCUCACUGGGUUCCUAAGCUCAGGCGCUCUGGCUUCAUCCUCCGCUGCCCGGCCGGUGCCUGUCUCCCACCGUCCACUCCCCGCCACUGGGUCCUUACAUCAUCCGGACUGUGCCGCUGCCAUGGGCCCGCGCCAGCCGCGCUGCGGGGCCGGGAGCCGCUAAGGUGCGGUGCGAAGAUGGGCGAGGGCGGAGCAGGGCCCGAGCGCCAGCCUCAGCAGUCCGGGCGCCCCGCGCGCGCCCGCCCGCGUCGCCGCGGGGAUGCCCGCGCCCGCCGCCGCGCCCUGAGCGCCUUUGUCUGCCUUCCGCGCCUUUCGUAUCAUCCCUAGUUUAGCCGGCGCCGGAUCAUGGAGCUGUGCCAGCCGACCUCCCUGUCAGACCACGACCAGCCAGCGUCUGGGCCCCAGCGUGGGGUCAUGGGGCUGGUGGGGCCCGACGCUCCUCGCGGCUGGUCAGAAGAGCCCGAGGAACACGCCCAGCUUCAACGGUGGCCAGAGGGACCCAACGCGCCAAUCUGCUGGCCCGAGGAGGUAGAGGAGCCUCACGCUCCUAGUCGCUGGGCCAAAGAGCCCAAUGCCCCUCGCUGCUCGUCCCAGGAGCCCGAUGAAUCCUGUCACUUGGCAGAGGAGCUGGAGGAAUCCGACUCCCCUCGCUGCUGGCCCCAGGAGCCAGACACACCGUGCCACUUGGCCAAGGAGUUGGAGGAACCCGACGCCCCUCGCUGCCUGCCCCAGGAGCCCGACACACCGUGCUACUUGGCCAAAGAGCUAGAGGAACCCAACAUCCCUCGGUGCUGGCCCCAGGAGCCCGACGUGCCGUGCCACUUGGCCAAGGAGCUAGAGGAACCCGACGCCCCUCGCUGCUGGCCCCAGGAACCAGACGCAUUCUGUCACUUGCUCAAGGAGGUGGAGGAACCUGAUGCCCUUCGCUGCUGGCUUCAAGGGCCAGACGCACCGUGCCACUUGGCCAAGGAACUGGAGGACCUCGACUCCCCUCGCUGCUGGCCCCAGGAGCCCGACGAAUCCUGUCACUUGGCUAAGGAGCUGGAGGAACCAGACGCACCGUGCCACUUAGCCAAAGAGCUGGAGGAACCCGACGCCCCUCGCUGCUGGCCCCAGGAGCCCGACGUGCCCUGUCUCUUGGCCAAAAAGUGGGAGGAAUCCGACGCACCGUGCCUCUUGACGGAGGAGCUGGAAGAGCCUGACGCCCUUCACUGCUGGCCCCAGGAGUCAGAGGCACCGUGUUUGUUGGCCAAGGAGCUAGAAGAGCCUGAUGCCUCUCACAGCUGUCCUCAGGAGGCGGACACAGGGUGCCUCUCGGCCAAGGAGCCAGAGGAGCCUGAUGUCUCUCACCUGUGGCAGGGGGUACCCGAUGCACCGUGCCUCUUGGUCAAGGAACCAGAGGAGGCCGAUGCACUUCACUGUUGUUGGCCCGAGGAAUCCGAGGAGCCGGAUGCUCUCAACCCACCGUGUUUCUGGGCCAAUGAACCAGACGAGCCCGAUCCAUCACGAUGUUGGUCAGAGGAGCCCCAGGUGCUGUGCCUCUGGCCGGAGGAGCAGAACACAAAGCGGUGCUGGCAGGAAGAGCCCGAUGCACCCUGCUUCUGGCCCGAGGAUCGAGAGGAACCCAUAGUUUCGUGUCUUCAAUUUAAAGAGCCAGAGAAGCCCAAAGUCCGGAGCAGUUGGCCUGAGGAGCUGGAAGACUGCUGCCCUACGCGGGGCCUACCCCUUGAGCCCUUGCUCGCCGACGGCGAGCUGCUGCAGGCAUGUCCCGGGCCACCCUCGGACCCAGGACCAGCGUUGUCGCUGCCCAGCGAGCCCGGGACAGCUCAGGAGGAGGGUGCACGCCUCAGGGCGGUAUUUGACGCCCUGGACAGAGAUGGGGACGGCUUCGUCCGCAUCGAGGAUUUCAUCCAAUUCGCCACGGUCUAUGGGGCAGAGCAGGUGAAGGACUUAACUCAGUACCUGGACCCGAGUGGGCUUGGCGUAAUCAGCUUUGAAGAUUUCUACCAAGGGAUUGUAGCCAUCAGAAAUGGAGAUCCUGAUGGCCAGUUGUACAGCGUGGAGCCUGUCCAAGAUGAAGAGACCCCUGCCUGUGCCGAUGAGUUUGACGACUUUGUCACCUAUGAGGCCAACGAGGUGACAGACAGUGCAUAUAUGGGGUCUGAGAGCACCUACAGUGAGUGUGAGACCUUCACAGAUGAGGACACCAGCACCCUGGUGCACCCCGAGCUGCAGCCUGAAGGGGACGUGGACAGUGCUGGUGGCUCAGGGGUGCCCUCUGAGUGCCUGGACACCAUGGAGGAGCCUGACCAUGGUGCAUUGCUGCUGCUCCCAGGCAGAUCCCGCCCCCACAGCCAAGCUGUCGUCAUGGUGAUUGGCAGUGAGGAACAUUUUGAAGAUUAUGGUGAGGGCAAUGAGGCAGAACUAUCCCCGGAGACCCUCUGCGAUGGGGACGGCGAGGACCCUGCUUUUCUCACCCCCAGCUCCAACCCUCUUGCCUCAAAGCUGUGCGACGUCCUCACUGACGAGGCCUUUGAGUUUUACUGUAGCCAGUGCCAUAAACAGAUCAACCGCCUUGAGGAUCUGUCUGCCCGCCUGACUGAUCUUGAGAUGAAUAGCCCAGCCAAGCGGCUCUCCAGCAGGAAGGUGGCAAGGUAUCUGCACCAGUCGGGGACCCUGACUAUGGAGGCCCUGGAGGACCCUCCCCCAGAGCCUGUGGAGUGCCCAGAGGAGGACAUUGCAGACAAGUUUCAGAGGGCAGAGUCUAUGACCACCAACCACCUGCAGCAGUCAGAGACAGCUGGGAGCAUGGCAGCAGGCAGACUGGUCAUCUUCCUAGAGAGACGGGUGUCAGAGCUGGAGAAGGACAGUGCAGCUGCUGGCGAGCAGCAUGGCAGGCUGAGGCAAGAAAACCUCCAGCUGGUGCACAGAGCCAAUGCCUUGGAAGAGCAGCUGAAGGAACAGGAGUUCAGAGCCCAAGAGAAGGUCCUAGAAGAAACCAGGAAGCAGAAGGAACUUCUGUGCAAGAUGGAGCGUGAGAAGAGCAUUGAGAUCGAGAACCUGCAGGCCAGGUUGCAGCAGCUGGAUGAGGAGAACAGUGAGCUGCGGUCCUGCACACCCUGUCUGAAGGCCAACAUCGAGCGCCUUGAGGAGGAGAAGCAGAAGAUGCUGGAUGAGAUUGAGGAGUUGACACAGCGGCUCAGUGAGGAACAGGAGAAUAAGAGGAAAAUGGGGGACAGGCUGAGCCAUGAGCGGCACCAAUUCCAGAGAGACAAGGAAGCAACCCAGGAGCUGAUCGAGGACCUCCGCAAGCAGCUAGAACAUCUACAGCUCCUCAGACUGGAGGUGGAGCAGCGACGGGGCCGCAGCAGCAGCCUGGGCCUGCAGGAGUACAACAGCCGUGCACGGGAGAGCGAGCUGGAGCAGGAGGUCCGCAGACUCAAACAGGACAACCGUAACCUGAAGGAGCAAAAUGAUGAGCUAAAUGGGCAGAUCAUCACCCUCAGCAUCCAGGGUGCCAAGAGCCUCUUCUCCACGUCUUUCUCAGAAUCACUGGCUGCAGAAAUCAGCUCUGUCUCCCGAGAUGAGCUCAUGGAAGCAAUCCAGAAGCAGGAGGAGAUCAAUUUCCGCCUGCAGGACUACAUUGACAGGAUCAUUGUGGCCAUCCUGGAGACCAACCCAUCCAUCCUAGAGGUCAAGUAGUCCAUCUUAGCCCAGUUUGGGCUGGUUAGAGACUCCACAGCACCCAGGAGUGGCCCUGUCUUGCCACAAAGAGCCCGACCAGCAGGUCCUGCAGCUUACCAAGCCCAGGGUGUGUGGGGCCCUCACGCAGUUCGACUGGGAAAAUACAGAAGGGCUGCAGAGGCAAUAAGAAGGAAGAAAGGGAAGUCCACGGCAGGCAAAGGGUGUGGCUGGCUCUCUGAACAUCAGGAAACCAGGGCCUCCCACCACAAGCCAGCCUCACCAACAACACCAUGUCUGCUCAGCAGUAUGCAGAUAUGUGGGGAUAGUCUCUCAGGCUGGCAUGGGCCCCUUUCUGCUAUGCGCCCUAUUAGGAAGAGAGAGAGAGAGAAAGAGAGAGAGAGAGAAUGAGUCCUCCCUCAGUUGCUGCCUCUCACUCCUGGUGACAUGGUGCCACCCAAGCUUGGCCAUUCCCACAUAGUCAGCAAGCUGAGGACCCAAAGUUGGACACAGAAAUGGUAGUGUUGGAAAGACAGACAGGCAAAGACGGCACACGUUGGGUCUGCUUCCAGUCCAUAGGCCACCAAUUCUCCUUGCGCUGCUCAGGCCUUCUCUCACCAGAUGGGCUUCCAUUCACCUUCGGACCCAGGGCCUCCAAGCCACACAGCUAUUCUUUGGCCAGACCCUCACUACAGUAACUCAUCAACUCUGGCUCUUGUAGGGGCUGGAGCAGCUAGUUCAUGCUGCCUGUGGAACUCACUUCCUGGACUGAUGAGCACGGUCAGCCUCUGUCCCCACUGCAGGUGCUGCUUCUCCUCAGGUGUGGCCUACCUAGGCUCCUGGACCCACACCCUCCUCAGGCUGACUUUACUGCCUUGGGAGAAGUCUACAUUUCCCAGACAAUAGUCUAGGCCUCUGGAACAGUUUCCUUCUCUGCUUUUGACUUUAAAUCCCUGGGUGUCCCCCAGGAGUCAGUUUGCUAGUGGAUAAUGGAGGAGGUUCUACACUGACCCAGAGGCAUAGGAAGGCUUGCUGUCUGCCCUGCACCACCCACAGAGCUGCGGCACCCAUAGCAGCUGGGCCUGAGCCUGAGCACUAGCCGGAGUCUGGGCACAGUGUCUGAGACCACACCAUAGGCUGCGUGAGUGUGAGUGUGUAUGGAAGUGUGUGCGCAAGUGUGUGCGCAUGCAUGAGUGCGCACACAAGUUUGAGUGUAUGAAUUCUUGUGCCCACACAUGCUGCCCUGCAUCCCUUCACUGCCUAUCCCCCUGCCCCCGCCUCACACUACAGUUUAAGAUGUUGCCUCGUAUUGUACAUUUUGGGGAAAGCCUUGUGUGUAAAUCAGUGUAAACUUGGAGGAGAGAUUUUUCUAUCAUGUAGAGUAGGUAUUUUUUAUAGAUUGAAGGUUGAUCAAUUUUUUUAAUACUUUCCAGAGAGAAAACUAUCUGUGUAUACAUAUGAAAUAUAUAUAUAUAUAUAUGUAUAAUAUAUCAAUACUGGAGCCCCGCCUUUCUGUGCCCAGGUCCAGGCCCUGUGUAAGGGCUUGCAGCCUGUCUCUGCUGUCCACCCUGCAGUGCUCACUUUAAACACAGGUCUCUAGGAGACCCUGGGAAACACACCAAUCACCAACUUGCUCAUGACAUUGCUUCAGCUCCCUGAGAAGUAGCUCUUCCUCCAGGGCAUGGAAGGAUGGGAGGCCAGCAGGACCCUGCCCCAUGUGUCAGCUACCACAGAUUAAAGCUGUUACCGCACACGGA